AUGGAGUGGGCAGUGAAGAUUGCGAGCGAGCCUGUCACUGUAGUUGCUGUUGUUAGGCUCAAUGUGGAUUGGGAGAUGGAGGGAUAUGACUGCACAAUGCUCGUGCUCCUGCAGCGCACAGAUGAGCUCAUCUCACACGUCGUGCAAGUGAAUGCACACACGAUCAUUGUCACCUAG